UUGGGGUCUGAAUCGAUUUUUUUCGGCAUUCAGGUAUGCCAACCUGGGCGCUAAUUCCACUAAAGUCACCUCCAAAAAUGUAAUCACCUUUAAAAAUUUGAACACAAUUAGUCCGAUAUGUGACCAAAUCAUUUAAAGAAUUUUAGUGCGUGAAAUCUCCACGAUGUCUCGUCAAUUGAACGGUUCUGUGACUCCAGAGAAGAGGUUAGGUCAAAACUCGAUCGUGCAGCCCCUUUUGACCGACUUGUACCAAAUCACUAUGGCUUACGCUUACUGGAAGUCGGGGAAAAUCCAAGACUACGCUGUUUUCGACCUUUUCUUCCGCAAAAACCCCUUCCAGGGCGAAUUUACAAUUUUUGCAGGCUUGGAAGAAUGUGUCAAGUUUCUCGAUAAAUUCUCGUAUUCCAAGAGCGACAUUGACUACAUCCGCCAGAUCCUGCCCCCCACCGUCGAGGAGGAGUUCUUCACGUACCUCACUACACUCGACGCCCGUGGGGUGUCUCUCUACGCUAUAAAAGAAGGCAGUGUUGUCUUCCCCCGAAUUCCACUCCUGCGCGUCGAGGGCCCCCUCAUCGUGGUCCAACUCCUAGAAACCACCCUCCUGAACCUCGUCAAUUACGCCAGUUUAAUUGCAACAAACGCCUCGCGCUACAGAAUGGCCGCAAACAAGUUGAAGUUGUACGAGUUCGGGUUACGGCGCGCCCAAGGCCCGGAUGGGGCCCUCUCGGCCUCCAGGUACACCUACAUUGGGGGCUUCGACGGCACGAGUAAUGUCCUAGCUGGGAAACUGUUCAAUAUCCCGGUGAAGGGCACCCACGCCCAUUCCUACGUCACCUCGUUCAAUAAUCUCAGUGAGCUGGUGAUAAAAACCCUAGUGCCGAAAAAUGGUGGCAAGCCUGUUGAUUUUCUUGUAUUGGCAACGAAAUGGCGCGAGGAUUUGGUUUCAAUCUUCAAUGUUAUGCUAUCGGAGGUGAAUGAUGGGGAAUUUGCGGCUUUUAUCUCAUUUGCGGUCUCGUUUCCUGAUAAUUAUUUAGCACUAGUUGACACUUAUGAUGUCAAAAAGAGCGGUUUGGUGAAUUUUAGUGCCGUUGCAUUGGCUUUACUCGACUUGGGGUAUUCCCCUAUAGGGAUUCGGUUAGAUAGUGGCGACUUGGCGUAUUUGUCUGUAGUCGCAAGGAAUGUUUUUGGUGAAAUUAGUGUGAAAUUUAAACGUCCCCAAUUUUCCAAAUUACUCAUCAUGGCCUCCAAUGAUAUAAAUGAGGAGACUAUUUUGAGUUUAAACGAGCAAGGGCACCAAAUCGACGCGUUUGGUAUAGGCACCCAUCUAGUGACUUGUCAAAAACAACCAGCGUUGGGUGGGGUAUACAAAAUGGUCGAAAUUAAUGGUCAUGCGAGGAUUAAAUUGAGUCACGAUGUGGGGAAAGUCACCAUUCCUGGCCGCAAAGACGCCUAUAGAUUGUAUGGGGACAACGGGAAUGCGCUCAUUGACCUAUUGCAAAUCUCCUCAGAGGCGCCCCCAAAAGUUGGGGAAAAGGUCUUGUGUCGGCACCCGUUUGAGGAGUCCAAACGGGCAUUUGUCACGCCGUCGAAAGUCGAGAAAUUGCUGUUGUUGUAUUGGCAAAACGGGAAGAUUUGCCAACCGUUGCCCAACAUGCAGGAGAUUAAGGAGCGAGUUGUGGAUAGUUUGAAAAUUUUGAGGCCGGAUAUUAGGAGGACGCUGAAUCCGACGCCGUAUAAAGUCGCUGUUAGCGAUAAUUUGUACCGGUAUUUGCACGAUUUGUGGCUGGAAAAUGCCCCCAUUGGGGAGUUGGCGUAGGGUUAGACUAGUAUUUUAUAUAACAUUCUGUAUUUUUCAUUAUUUUUUCAUGGUAUAUUGUUUAUUAUAGAUUAUAAAAUAAAGCUUUAUCUUGCGUAGA